GUAGGAGUUACUGUCACUGAACUUCAAGACGUAGUCUUCAAACUUGCCUAUUUCGAACGAAAAUGUGUAUUCUACCGAAGCGAUCAGCUGAACGCAGAGAUUAUUUCACAUUACACGAAACAAGCGUUGCGACAGAUGUACGUGCUGGUUCUCGGCUUGGAUAUCAUUGGUAAUCCAUUUGGUCUAGUUCGAGAUCUUUCAGCAGGAGUUGAAGAUUUGUUCUACCAGCCCUUCCAAGGACUCAUUCAAGGACCAGAGGUACUGUGGAACUAUAAAGGUUUAUUCCGUUCCAGUUUACCUGUAGGAGCGGGCCAGCUUUCGCCGCUCUAUGAAAGCUCAUCCACUAACGACGUGCGCCGCUGA